AUGGGUUCUCAAUUGACCCCCGCGACAGCCCCCUGGGACGCAGUCUCACCCCAGGAGCAGCUCUUUGUCCUAAUUACAGGCGCCAACAGCGGAAUUGGCCUCAGUAUCGGAGAACGCCUCAUCGACGAAUUCCUCGCUACACAGUCUUUGCGAUCGCACCUUAUCCUCAUCCCUACCACACGAUCUAAAUCCAAGUCCUUGCAAACGAUCAAGGCUCUUCGCGACUAUGCACGAAAGGCGGCGCAAACUUCUAAAUCGCUACAGUCGAGGGUCGGGAGCUCGUAUCGUUGGGAGGACACUGUUGCGAGGGUGCAUGUGCUGAGCUUGCAGGUUGACCUUUGCGACUUGCGCGGGGUAUACGCCUUUGCGAAUGCGCUGGUCCAUGAACCCGUGAGUAACCCUGAGGGAUUGGAGGGUGAAUAUCUACGAAAUGUGCGCAUUCCAAGACUGGAUACUGUGGUCUUUAACGCUGCGUACGGUGGCUGGUCAGGGGUCAAUUAUCCCAAGGCCAUAUGGGUGAUCUUGACCGAGGGGUUGGUGCAGUCUGUUACUUGGCCGAGCUACAAGAUGGCGCUUCCUACGGCCCGCCUGAAUGACAAGUCCAACUACAACUAUCCUAAGGAGCCGCCACUUGGCGAAGUCUUCACGGCAUGUGUUUUCGGCCACUACGUACUAGCCCACGAACUUCUUCCUCUGCUUUGCCGCCAGUCUGAAACCGAGGCACCAGGUCGCCUUGUUUGGUCCAGUAGUCUCGAAGCUAUUGAACGUGUCCUGGAUAUGUCAGACCUUCAAGGCUUUCGAUCCAACGGACCGUACGAGUCCGCAAAGCGAGUGACCGAUAUUCUCUCUCUCACUGCGACUCUGCCUGCCACCCUACCUUCUUCAAGCCGCUUCUUUACUCCCGACGACCCUGCUGAGGCCCGUGAUAAGCCAAUUCGACCGCGCAUGUACUUGACCCACCCUGGUAUUGUUGCUAGCACGUUGUUUCCUGUUCCCUGGUUUUUUAUGUGGGCGUAUGAGCUUGCGCUUCUGAUCAGUCGUUGGAUUGGUUCGCCCUGGCAUAAUACGGACAGCUAUACGGGUGCCAAGUCUCCUGUCUGGAUUGCCCUUCAGGAGCAAUCUGCUCUUGAUGAGAUGGAAGCUGAGCGCAUCAAGUGGGGCAGUAGCUCAAACCGUCACAUGCAAGUCGAAGUGAAGAAGACAGAAGUUGAAGGAUGGGGCUGGGAAGGCAAGGUCGAAGAUGCAGCGGCACUGGAGGCCGAUACCGCUGUUGGUGUUUUCAAAAAGACUGCUGGACGAAAAAGGGGAGCUCGCGACGUGACCAAGGAAGAUAUUGUCAAGUUCGAGGAACUGGGCGCUGAGUCUUGGAAGAGGAUGGAGGACAUGCGAUAUGAAUGGGAAAAUAUUCUGGGCGUCAAAAAGGCAUAG